AAAUAUAAAUUAUUCUGAAGUGCGGUACUUGUUUAUCCUGUUGAUUGUUGUGAUACCAGGGGGCGAUGGUGUAUGUGAUAAACAUAAACAUACAAACACGUGUUGUGCAUUGGUUUUAGUGAGUAUGCACGAGUAUGCAAGCAAGUUAGCUCUUCCAUUAGUCCCUGCAGCUUUAUAAAGGGCUGUCAAUGUUUAUACGAACACUGGCAAGAAGUGCAGUUGUGUUGUCUAUUAAAUCCAGUAUCCCAAAUAUCUUGAUCAGGAUCCUCGAUGGAUGCAGCACCUCACUGGCAUCUGUUUGUUCCUGCUAAGUAUACUGUAGUUGUAACAUGUCUACCAAUGCAACUCUUAAGAGCAUUUAAUAGCGGAUAUAUUUGGACUGACUAAGAUGGUACCAGGGACCAUACAAAUUUCCCAUCAGCGACUAAGGUCAGUGGAUGUGAAAGAUAUCUGUGAAACUCUGGACUCCCAAAGUGUCAAAAUCCUAUCUCUACGCCAGUGCAAAAUUUCAAGAAAAUGUUUUAAGCAGUUAAUGGACCACAUUGGCACCAGCACAUCCAUCUUGCAGCUAAAUCUGAAUUUAGGAGCAGUUGAUAAACUUGAAAAAGUAGAGGAACUUGCAUCUUGCUUGAAGAAAAACAGAUCCCUACACAGUCUACUAUUACAUGGAUCAAAUCUUGGGAGAUUAGGAAUGUCUGUCCUACACGAAGCCCUAGUCAUGCACCCUCAUAUUGUGUGUCUGGAUAUUGGUGACUGUCAGCUUGAUGACCAGUGUGUGCCAUACAUUACUGACCUGCUGCCAAAUAAUGGUGCUAAACCAGGCUUACAAGACUUGAUAUUGAGUGCUAAUACUAACAUCACAUCUAUGGGUUGGGCACUGUUUUGUAUGGCUGUUGCAGCAGGGAAUAACUUAACAUCCCUACACCUUGAUUAUAACAAGAUAGGAGAUAGUGGAGUGAAUUGUUUGUCUGUGGCCUUAAUCUCAACACCAACGCUUCUGAUUUUAGACUUAGAAGGAACAGGAAUAACUGACCAUGGAGCAGAGAUACUUUUAUAUCUCAUCCAGCAUUACCAAGUCAACAUACAGCAACUAGUUCUUAAAAAGAAUAAAAUCAGAUCUACUCUGAAAAAAGAAAUAGCAAGAACACAGAAAGAGUUCUACCUUACCAUUUCUGACACGGAUGAAACUGAAGAUGACCUGAGUCAUUCUGUAUCUAAAAAAGAAUCAAGCAUUCAAGUUCAACCAGAUUUAUCAUCUCCAGCUGAACAAAAUUCAGAUUCCAGUCUUUCCGAUGAUUUAGAUAGAACAAAACUCAGUGCAUUAAAGCACUAUUCAGUAGAUGAUGAAGAUGAAAAUGAGUCUGAUUUUGAAAACCAGUCAGGAACUACCUUUGAUUCACAGAAUAUGAAGGAGAAGGGAACCACUGAUGCUGAUAUUAGGAGUGAAAUAAAUGUUGGAGUUACAAAUGUUUGCGUAUGACAAAAUAAACACAAAAUGUUCAUUCCUUCAAAUAGACCAGAAGUUAAAUUUUGAUGGAUUAUUUGUAACACUCAUAAGUGUUACAAUAAGACAGUAAAUCAUUUUCUUUAUAGUAUGUAUGCAUAGGAUAAGAAAAAUGUCAAGAUGGUGGGACAAUUCAAAUCAAUAAGUUAUACAAAAUUAUACAUUUAUGAUGAUAUUUAAUACUACAAAUAAAAUGAUGAUAACAUUUUAUUGUCUGAUAAGGAUUGUGUCUGAAAUUAAUUUUUUUUCAGUAAAUUACACUGUACAUGCAUAUAGCUUAAAGAUUUUUGUUUAAAUAACCUUCAAAUCUCCAAACCUAAUUACGGCAGGUGACCUUAAAGCGUUUUGGGUUAGUUAUAUUAUGAAAAACUGGUCUAUUAUAGUGUAUUGUACCAAGUAUAUUGGUGAGCAUUUUAAA